AAAUUUCAUAGUAAAAACAACAAAGUCACAAAGGAAAACUUGUAUGUUUACUCUAAACCUGUUUGUCCGGGGGUGUGCUGGACGUACUACAGCCAAUCGUAUCUUUGGGGCCGGUUUCAGGUGUUGAGCAGCAGUAUAAAAACAGUCCCUCGCAUCUCUCAAUCACUACCUGUACAGGUGACUAUCAGUUCUACACUGCCUCUCUAUUUUCUUUCUCAACUCACCCAUUCAACCAACUACUGCCAUGUCUAGUAACAGAGCCUUUAGCAUGUUCGGUGGGGCCGGGGGAAGAGGCUCCAGGGUGUCCGUGGCCAGUCUGGAGGGGCUACGGAACGCGAUGCGUUCUGACCCAGAGAAUUCAAACGAUGUCUCUCCUGGCCCCGGGCCCGCCCCGGAUGAUAAGAAGACCAUGAAGGGUCUCAACGACCGUCUGUCCGGCUACCUGGGCAGGGUGAGGAACCUGGAGGAAGACAACAAAGAUCUGGAGGACCAGAUUCAGGACAUCUUGGACAAGAGAGGAGACCCCAACGGCCGAGACUGGGAUGUGGUUGAGAAACCGUUGAAUGACCUCAGGAAGAAGCUCCGUGAUAUGACCAUGGAUAAUGCACGUUUGUUACUGCAAAUUGACAACACCAAACUGGCCAAUGAUGACUUCAAAAACAAGCUGGACAACGAGAAGCAUGCCAGGAAGACUGUGGAGCGGGACCUGAUUGGUCUGAAGAAGAUGAUUGACGACACCAACCUGAACCGCAUGCAGCUGGAGAGCCAGGUCGAGUCUGUGAAGGAAGAGCUCGCCGUCCUCAAGAAGGACCAUAAGGAUGACGUUGAUGAGCUGCGUAAGAAGAUCAAGGACUCCAACGUCCUCGUGGAGUUUGACUCCCAGGACAAUAACCUGAGUGAUACACUCAACAAGAUCCGCUCCCAGUACGAGAAACUGGCCAAGAAGAACCUCAAGGAUACCGACGACUGGUACCAGAGCAAGUUUGACAGCAUCAAGGUAGAGGUGGUUCAGAAUACUGAGGCUCUGCAUUCAGGCAAGAAUGAGCUCAAAGACCUGCGCAGACAGAGACACCUCCUGGAGAUAGACAUACAGUCAAUAAUGAGCUUGGUCCACUCCCACGAGGAAUCUCUGAAGGACACGGAUGGGCGGUACAACCGUGAGAUGACCCGCCUCAAUAAGAUCCUGCUGCAGUUGGAGGGAGAGCUGGUCCAGGUGAGGACGCAGGUGGAGAGGCAUGUGGAUGACUACCAGGAGCUGCUUCACGUCAAGAUGAAGCUGGAGGCCGAGAUCGAGAACUACCGCAGCCUAAUGCACGACAUCGCCCCCGACGACAGCGUGGACUUUUCUUUAGAGCAGGCAGUGAAUUGUGAGCCGCCCCAGCCACCUAAGAAAGACUUGAUGAAGGAUGAGGUGGAUGGAAAGGAGGUCCCCAAAAAGACAGAAGCCCCGGCAACUCAGAAAAGUCUCCCUCCAAUUCAAGAGGCCCCCACAAAGAAGACAGAAGCCCCUGCAACUCAAGAGAGCCUCCCUACAAAGACAGAGGCCCCUACAAAGGCAGCUGAGGCUGAGACACCAACAACCGAAGCAGGCACCAGCUGAGGAGGAUACACCAAAGAAAGAUUCCUCCUCUUGUGUCUUCUUCCUCCUCCGAUGCAGACAAUAAUGACCAUAAAGAGAAAGCCAUAAAGAAGUCUGCCCCCUGAAACCCCCUCCUCACCUCAAACCCAUCCCUCUAGUCUUUUCUCUUCAUGUUUUGAAGCCCAGCAUCGUAACUAAUGAUGUUGUGUACGGUUUGAAGUAGAUUUGGUGUUGUUAAUCCACUGCAUUCUUUCUCAGAGAUGUUUCUCUACAAAAUAAAUAUGUUCAACACAUUG